AUUUGACUAAGAUUGCAACACUGGAUCGUACACUUUUUGGAGAAAAGUUUUCACUUGAAAAGUUGACAUUAUACCGUUGCGCAUCGACAGAGAGUUACAUCGAAGCAGAAUCACCAGAUUUGACGACAAGUGAUGAGGACGCUGAGUUAUGUGGGAUUGCUAGCGGCGGUCCUGUCGAUGUAUGGCGGGGUUCUAGGAGACUACCUUACAGAUUGGUGCCUCGACAAUCAGCCAGAAUGUAACGGAAUUAUAGCUGCAGCCACAGGAACCGAUGAGGAUGCUAAAGAAAAAAGAACAUUCCUCCGUUUCGGCCGUGCUCUCAGUGGCGAUGCUUUCUUCAGAUUCGGAAGAAAUCCAGUCCAGUUUGAGGACAAACGUUUUCUUAGAUUCGGAAGAAACGGCGGAAGUGAGGGAAUUGAUGAAUUACUCAGGCAUGCUCUGAACAAAGUUGAGAGCGUAGAGCGAGCCACGGGGUUGAAGUUGAGACGAAAGCGAUCAGUCGAGCCAAUACAGCCAGUGAAAAACGUAGACGAAAUAGAAGAGGCAAGUAAACAAUCGGCAGAGGCAAGCAAAGCAGAUACAGACAAAAAGAAACGAGAUGCUGAUGAUGCGGACGAAAACAAAGAAAAACGCUUCAUGCGGUUUGGUCGUACCCCCGACGACGAGACUGGCGACGAAGACAUGGCAAAACGGUUCAUGCGCUUCGGUCGAUUCAUGCGUUUUGGUAAAAGCGGAGACGAGAAACGCUUCAUGAGAUUCGGCAAAAAGUCCGAUACAGAAGGUGACGAGGACAAAGAUAAGCGUUUCAUGAGAUUCGGUAAAAGAUCCGACGAUGAAAUGGAAGCAGACAAAAGAUUCAUGAGAUUCGGUAAGAAGUCUGACGAUGAAAUGGAAGCCGACAAACGAUUCAUGAGGUUUGGUAAGAGAUCUGACGAUGAAAUCGGAGCCGACAAACGUUUCAUGAGAUUUGGUAAGAGAUCUGACGAUGAAAUCGGAGCCGACAAACGUUUCAUGAGGUUUGGUAAGAGAUCGGACGAUGAAGUCGGAGCCGACAAACGUUUCAUGAGAUUCGGAAAGCGAUCUGACGAUAAAAUGGAUGCCGACAAACGAUUCAUGAGAUUCGGAAAGAGGUCUGACGAUGAAAUGGAAGCGGACAAACGGUUUAUGAGGUUUGGACGUGCCGGACCUGAAGCUGAUAAACGCUUUAUGCGAUUCGGUCGUGACGGUGCAGAUGAGAAACGGUUUAUGCGAUUCGGAAAGAAAUCUGAUUCUGAUAACGAAGCAGAAAAGCGAUUUAUGAGGUUCGGUCGCGAUGGAGCUGAUAAAAGGUUUAUGAGAUUUGGACGUGACGGCACUGACACGGAGGCCGACAAACGAUUCAUGCGAUUCGGAAAAAAAUCUGAUGAAACAGACAGCGAUAUGGAGGAAAACAAAAGAUUUAUGAGAUUCGGUCGCGACAACAACCAGGAUAAACGGUUUAUGCGUUUUGGCAGGAGUGGUGCUGACGACGAAAAGAGGCUCAUGCAAUAUGGCAAAUUUGACAAGCGUUUUAUGCGAUUUGGUAGGUCAGGACAAAAUGAAGACAAACGUUUUAUGCGUUUUGGCCGAUCAGGUCAAUUAGAAGAUAAACGCUUCAUGCGUUUUGGACGUUCUGGUGAGACAGAAGAUAAACGCUUCAUGCGUUUUGGACGUUCGGACAGUUCAGAUGACAGUGAAGCAGCUAAACGAUUUAUGAGAUUCGGAAGAUAGAUCUAACAAUAAACAUUAAGCAAUAAGGUAUCACUUCUAUGCUUGUGAACCAGAAUGAUAUCACGUGACAAGAAAUGAUGAGUUGAUAUUGAUAUGUUGUUAUAAUGCUGUAAAUAAAUUUAUAAUGUAUAUAAAGAUUGUGAAUGUUCUUUCCGGAAAGAACAAAUAUAUUGAUAUUACUAUACGAUAUGUUAACAGAAUAUUAUUUUCAUAUGUAUAUUUAACUUUAAAAACUGCUCAGUAUUCUUAGGGUUGGCGUAAAGGGGCCUGUUCUACAAAACUAAUGGGUUUCUACGUAUGAUUUAUAUUGUGUUUCAGCAUUUUGUUGUUUUGUUGUUUUGUUCCUAAUGUUUAAAAGAAAAGAAUGUACUAUUGAAUAAAAUGGAUCAGAACAAAGCCGAAAUCAGCUAAUUUUCUGUAAGGU